CCCACACGGAGGACCUACAAAAACCCCUUGUGAUCGACCUGGGGAGCGUCAAGACUUGCUCUUCAGACCCGCAUUACUAGCCGUAACAUUGUCCAUCGGCAUACGCCUUACUUUGACACACGGCUUUACACCAUGGCAGACCGCCCGCCUGCGACCGUCCCGCCGCCUGGUAGCACAGCCGACGAGGACAAGUACGAAAGUUCAGACAAUGGUACUCACCGCCAGGAAAACAGUUACGAUAGCCCGGGGGAUGAUGCCGACCGCGCUUUUUACCAGAAGUACGGCACUUACGACCGAUAUGAGAUCACAGAAGAAGACUGCUACGAGGAAUUGGGUUUUAGCUUCCCGACGUGGAAGAAGUGGAUGAUCCUUUCGGUUGUCUUCAUCGUUCAGGUUUCUAUGAACUUCAAUACCUCACUGUAUUCAAAUGCCGUUGGGGGAAUCUCUGAGGAAUUCGGCGUCAGCAAGCAAGCAGCCCGACUUGGUGCUGCGAUUUUCUUGAUCACAUAUGCCUUUGGUUGUGAGCUUUGGGCUCCCUGGUCCGAGGAGUUGGGUAGAUGGCCUAUCUUACAGCUCUCGCUCUUCUUUGUAAAUAUCUGGCAAAUUCCGGUUGGCAUCGCUCCCAAUUUCGCCACUAUACUUGUCUGCCGUGCACUUGGAGGUCUUUCUACCGCUGGUGGAAGUGUCACCUUGGGCAUGGUUGCAGACAUGUGGGAAGCCGACACGCAACAGUACGCUGUGGCUUUCAUUGUUUUCUCCUCCGUCGGCGGCUCCGUUCUUGGGCCAAUUGUGGGUGGAUUUGUCGAGUACAACCUUGCGUGGAGAUGGAACAUCUGGAUCCAGCUUAUCUUCGGUGGUGCUGUACAGAUCUUGCACUUUUUCAUGGUCCCCGAAACACGUACCACCAUUAUGAUGGACAGGAUCGCAAAGAAGCGUCGCCAAGAGGGCGAGAAGAUUGGGAAGCCUGUCAACAUCUGGGGUCCCAAUGAGCUCACUCCCUUCAAGGAACGAUUCUCUGCCCGCGAAAUUCUCAUCACUUGGGUCCGACCCUUCCGUAUGUUCCUUACUGAACCCAUUGUUUUGGUUCUCAGUCUACUUUCCGGAUUCUCUGACGCUUUGAUCUUCAUGUUCCUUCAAUCAUACGCGCUCGUGUAUGAUCAAUGGAACUUCAACGCCGUUACUAUCGGUCUGGCCUUCAUUCCCAUCGGCAUUGGGUAUCUUCUUGCCUGGGCAUCUUUCAUCCCUGCCAUCAAACGUAAUAUUCGAAUUCGACAUGAACGGCCUCAUGACGAAAUCGCUCAGUAUGAAUCUCGUCUAUGGUGGCUUCUAUACACUGCUCCUUGCUUGCCGAUCGGUCUGAUUGGAUUUGCCUGGACAAGCACCGGCCCGCCAAUCCACUGGAUUGGAUCAAUGAUCUUCAGUGCUAUCAUUGGUAUUGCCAACUACGCCAUCUAUAUGGCCACGAUUGACUACAUGAUCUGUGCCUAUGGACCUUACUCGGCUUCUGCAACUGGAGGCAACGGAUGGUCUCGCGACUUCCUCGCUGGUGUCCUCACUCUCCCCGCCACCCCAUUCUACCAAAACAUCCCCAGUUCCUCGAACCCCAACCACCUUGCCUACGCUUCGACGAUCCUGUUCUGCAUUGCUGCCAUUCUGGUCGCUGCUGUUUAUGUCAUCUACUGGAAGGGGCCGGUCCUCAGAAAGCGAUCUCCAUUCGCACAGCAAUUGGCUGGAGCUCGGGAGGAGACCGGAGGAAGGAGAGUCAGCGCACUGCCGGGCCUCUACGGUUCUCGACACAACUCCAUUGCUAACGGAGCUUCUGUCCCAGGGUCUAGGAGAGGAAGCGUUGUCCGUGGCCAGAGUUUCCAGGGACGCCAGAGCUCCAUGUAAAUUAUCUGUACAAAUAUUUCCUUUCAAAUGUAUAUACGUAUCGAUACGAAUAAUUAAAUUGAAUCAAUAUCAUGAUGACCAUCGUCC